AUGGGUCCAUUUCCAAACUCUAAUGGUUACCUUUAUAUACUGUUAGCUGCAGAUUAUGUUUCUAAAUGGGUGGAAACAAUUCCUACCCAUAUUGAUGAUGAUAACAGAGUUGUUUCCAUUUUUAGAAACCAUAUUAUCUGUCGCUUUGGAUCACCACGAGCAAUCGUGAGGGAUCAAGGCACUCAGUUUUGUAACAGGAGACUCACAGCAUUACUGAAGAAGCAUGGGAUUCUUCACAAAGUAGCAACAGCUUAUCAUCCCCAGACCAAUGGGCAAGCAGAAGUGUCUAACAGAGAGAUUAAACGCAUUUUGGAGAAGAUAGUAAAGCCUCAUAGGAAGGACUGGAGUGAUAGGUUAAAAGAUGUGCUCUUGGCAUAUCGAAUAGCGUACAAGACACCCAUUGGGAUAAUCCCCUUCCGCUUAGUGUACGGUAAGGCUUGCCACCUUCCAGUAGAAGUGGAACACAAGGCCUUCUGGGCUGUAAAGGAAUGCAACAUGAAUUAUAAGGAAGCUGGUACUGAAAGGAAGCUGCAACUAGCAGAAUUAGAGAACCUUCGCCUAGAAGCAUAUGACAACUCCAGACUGAGGCUUAUGCCAGGCAAACUGAGAUCAAGAUGGGAAGGCCUCUACAGAGUAGAGAAGGCAGAGCCAUACAGAGUUUUUCACCUGCAUCAUCCUUCUAGCUCCAAAUUCAUUAUGGUCAAUAGACACCGCCUAAAGCUUUAUCAUGGUGAGAAGAUGAAGGAUCACAAAGAGCUAGAGGGUUACCUGCAUGUUCACUUUUAUGCUUUCGAUGAAAAAGAGAAAUCCUUUCCCACAAAGGACGCUGCGCGGUUCACCAACCGCUACUGUGAGCAGAUGUUCCCCAUACUGGCUGGGCAGAACUAUAACAAUGAAUACCUACUGAUCCUCCCGACCCACAUCAUCAAAUUUGUUGAACCCCGCAUCAAGCGAAGACAAUGGGAAUUCUUACGAAGACAGCCAUGGUAG